AUCCAAUUGAAGAGAAACAAGACUUAGAAUAAUAAAUUAAAAAAAAUAUUGGGAUGGUUUCAUAUAACUUAGAAACAAGACUUAGAAUAAAUAACCCAUUCUAAUUUUAAAAUAUAUAACUUUUUUAAUUUAGUCAACCCAAUAAGAUACAACUCAUUAUUGUUCCAUGAACUUCCAAUUUUGUCCCAAUUUAAAAUUUACCUUAGUAAAUCUUAUUCCCAUUUAUUCCCUCAAAGAACUUGCCGGCGUUGUCGUUGGCUCCGGCUUCUCCUUCUGUUAUGCGAGAGAUCAAAUCUACCAAUUAAUCACAAUUCUGAUGGAAUCCUAGAUUUGAAUCAAUCUCUUCUAGCCAUAUUAGGCGAUUUGAACUUUACGAUUCAUUUAGCCCUUGAAUGGAUUCUUGAGCAGAGCAAAGACUUCUUCCCGUACGUACCGCCGACCAACCAUGGCCGGCUCCACCAGUUUCACCACCACCACGACAACUAUGUCCUUCAUCACCACCAUCAUUUUCACGUAUCUCCCAAUUGUCCAAUCCACAACCAUAUGCGUCAUCUCGAAAAGCAUUCACCUUUUUUCCCCCCCAAUUAUUGCUUCUUCGUAUUAUUAUACCCAAUCUCUAAACCUUGAAACCCUUGCCGUCGCUCGCUCCUCCUCCACCGUAAUCGCCGAAUAAUUUUGCAAUCAGGAUUUCACCCCAAAGUUCGACCACCGAGACCGUCGCCGUAAAAUUUUCGAAAUAACAGCCAAAGUUCGUCUACUGACCGACAUCGUUGCGUCAAAUUGAACGGUAAGUGAAUGAUUGUUUUUGUUUAUCAGGAAGGGUGUUGGAGUCAUUUUACAUGGUUUGAUUUUGACUUUUUUGAAACUGGACUAUUUUUUUGGGACAAGAAUUUUUAUUAAAUUGGACUAUUUUUGUGAGACGGCGGGAGUACUAAAUUGUAAGAAAAGCUGAGGUACUACUCCCUCCAUUUCAAAAUGUAAGUCACUUUAGACUUUGAACAUGAAGUAAAGAGAUCAUUCAACAAAUAAUUUAUGUGUUUAAUAUCAAUUUUACCCUUCAUUAAUUAUAUUGGAACUAUAAACAAGAUUAAAUAAAAAUAUAUUGACAUCAUUUAUUGAAGGUAAAGUUGGAAAAAUAGUCAUUAAUUUGCAUAGAAUUUGUAAAACGACCUACAUUUUGAAAAAUCUUUCCAAACCUAAAACGACCUACAAAUUGAAAUGGAGGGAGUAUAAUAUAUAUUUAUUGACCCGAAACGAAAUUAGAACCAAAAUCAAAUAGGAACCGACUUUAUUUUCUUUUGAUUAGACUGUAACUAACCCAAUCCUUCUCACGAUCGAAACCGGAAAUUAAGACAGAGAAGACUCUACAUAAGAAAUUCUUUCUGUAAUCAAGCAUUUUGUUUCGUCCAAAAAAAAUUUAAAAAAGGAAAAAAAGAAUUGAAAAUCUCAAAAGAAUGGGCUUUGAAAAGUGUUUUGAGAGUGGGCUUUGAAAAUUGCAUUUUCUCCAAGUAGGCCCACAAUAUUCUUCUUCCUCCCCAAAAAGAAUGGUCAGCGGCCCGCCAAAAUUGGAAAAAAAUAAAGAAAAAACAAAUGGAAAAAUGAACAAGGCUGAAAAACCAACCUCCAUCCAUCAAUUCUUUCUCAAUUGCAUCAUCCAUCCAUGCAUUCAAUUCGUUUCAAUUGAAAAAACUUGUGGAUAUCUUUACAGUCUGACACACUUGACCCUUUUGGCAGCCAGCCAGAAUCCCCUUCCAAACAAAAUUCCUUUCUCCUUUAACCCCCCCAGAAAAAGAUGUCCACCAAUUCUUCUUCUUCAUCAUCAUCAUCAUCAGUCCACAAUUUGAUUCCCCUUUUAUUGCACUUUAUUAUUACACAGAACACCAUCAUCACUUCAUUCGAUCCAAUACCCUUUUCAUUUCCCCAAAAACCCAAAUUUCCCUUCCCUUUCUCAAAAUGUCCCUCACAAUUAAGCUACUCCACAUCACCAACACCGCUUCCUCUUCUUCUUACACUCAUUUCCAUCAUGACACGUUGUUGAAGGGAAACACAAAAACAAGGGCUCCGCAUCUGUUCAAAUUUCUUCACUCCAAAUCGAUUUACCACAACAACCCUUUAAUCCAAUUUGUGUCUUUUCAUAAAAAGAUGGCAACUUUACACUCUUCUCCAAAAGGGUCUGUGCCAAUGAUCAAGAGUUCAUUGAUUGAACCCGAUGGGGGCACAUUGGUGGAUCUUGUGGUGCCCGAGAGCCAAAGGGCUGGCAAGGUUUUAGAGGCGGAAUCUUUACCGAAAGUGAAGCUGACAAAAAUUGAUCUCGAAUGGGUUCAUGUGAUUAGUGAAGGUUGGGCUAGUCCUCUUAGGGGAUUUAUGAGAGAAGAUGAGUAUUUGCAGAGCUUGCAUUUUAAUUCCUUGAGAAUGAAAGAUGGGUCGGUUGUGAAUAUGUCUCUCCCUAUUGUUCUGGCUAUUGACGAUGUGGUUAAGGCAAAUAUUGGGGGAUCCAGUGAGGUUGCACUUGUUGGGCCCAAUGAUGAUUUGGUUGGCAUUCUGAGGAGCAUUGAAAUAUACAAACAUAACAAAGAAGAAAGAAUUGCCAGAACCUGGGGAACUACAGCUCCUGGAUUACCUUAUGUUGAGGAGGUAAUUAGUUCAGCAGGGAAUUGGCUCAUUGGUGGAGAUUUGGAAGUCCUAGAGCCUAUAAAAUAUAAUGAUGGUCUUGAUCACUACAGGCUAUCCCCGCAACAACUGCGCAAAGAAUUUGAUCGCCGCCAGGCUGAUGCAGUUUUCGCUUUUCAGCUGAGGAAUCCAGUGCAUAAUGGUCAUGCUCUGUUAAUGAAUGAUACACGAAGGAGACUUCUGGAGAUGGGCUUUAAAAAUCCAAUUCUCUUGCUUCAUCCUUUGGGAGGCUUCACAAAGGCCGAUGAUGUGCCUCUUGAUGUUCGAAUGGAACAGCAUAGCAAGGUUCUUGAAGACGGUGUUCUUGAUCCUGAGACAACUAUUGUUUCCAUAUUCCCAUCUCCAAUGCAUUAUGCUGGACCAACUGAAGUACAGUGGCAUGCAAAGGCUCGGAUUAAUGCUGGUGCCAACUUUUACAUUGUCGGACGGGAUCCAGCUGGUAUGGGACAUCCAACAGAGAAGAGGGACUUAUACGAUCCAGAUCAUGGAAAGAAAGUCCUUAGCAUGGCCCCUGGUCUUGAAAAAUUGAACAUUCUGCCGUUUAGGGUAGCUGCAUAUGAUACUAUAGAAAAGCGAAUGGCAUUUUUUGACCCAUCACGGGCCAGCAAUUUUCUCUUUAUCUCCGGAACCAAGAUGAGGGCUUAUGCAAGAAGUGGGGAGAAUCCUCCUGAUGGAUUCAUGUGCCCUGGGGGAUGGCAAGUUUUGGUAAAGUACUAUGAGAGUUUGCAAGCCCAGGAGGCUAAUGAAAAGCCAGCAGUACUGUCGGCUUAGAACAUAUAUGUGCACUAGAUUUCAAGGGAAGAUUCAUCUGUCGCGGCAGAUUGUUAUGGAUGUCGGUUGAAAGGUAGAGACACACCAUAGCAGACUGAAAUGGAAAUGAGCAAUUUAUUCUUGAAUAGGCCAUAGCCCAUGCUCCUUUUCCUUGGAGAUUUUCAUCACCUUGUUUCAUGGUUCCAAUUAUUUUUCUUUUUAUGAUUUUUUGGUUACUGAUCUGUAUGAAAAAUCCGAUAACUUUUGUCUGAAAUACUUACACUGCUUUUUGGGUAACAUGAGAUUGUUAAUUACAUAUCGUCUGUAUUUCAUUUUCCCUUGAAAAUUAGCAGCGGAUGGGACCAGCCUAUUUGGGCUAAUAUUAUUGUUCAACUAAAGUAUUGAAUUCUUCAUAGCCUUUUUACUCAAUCAGUGAAUCUUUUGUUGCUGUCUCAGCUUCGG